AUGCAGGCCGAAUUCGUGAAAAAUGCCGAGUACCGCAUCAUCCUUUCACCCAGCUCAGGGGCUGAAAACCUCGCGGUAGUGGCUGGCAAGGUCCAGAUCUCCAAGGCUUCCUAUACAUGGGACAUCCAGCUUGUCAGUGAGUCCACUGAAGCCUCUGCGGCGCUUUAUACCAUCCAGGACUCGAACACCAAAAAGUACUUGAACGACAACGGCUCCUAUUAUGAACUUAUUGGGGCAGACAACGGCUCCAACAACAGAUGGUAUGGUCUGCGUCCAAACAAAGUUCCAUCCACCAUCACAAAUAAUGGGACAUUCAGAAACCUCGCCAUUCCGUACAAUCAUGCCUCCGAUCAGUGGGCUCUGUUCGAACAGUAA